CGUGGUAGUUCUUAAGGCAUUUGUGUAUUUUCUCUUAACCUGCGCUAAGGUGGCUUUGAUUUAACGGCGAAUGCUUCAUAGUAGAAUUAAAUGUGCUCAGAGUUGUGAAUGCAUACCCUGUAGUUCUUUAGCCUAUUCUAAGUUACUCGUUACUUCUGAAUUAUUAGUAAGACUGCAGUUAGCUGAGUUUUGUAUGCAUACAAGUAUUGAUAAGGGAACAUAAUUGUGCCGUGUAAGUAAGGUUAAGAGUAUAUGUGGCAGAUCAGCAUACUCUAAAUAGAGACUCUUGUUCAUGACCUACUUUCUUUGCUGAAAACACUUUGUUUUCUUGUUAGAUUUUUUUUUUUUUUUAGGCCUGUGUGCCAGACAGAAACUGUCGAGGAAGAUUCCUCACGAUAAAAUGGAUGUUGUUGGUAGGAGGUGGAUGAUUUUUAUUUGAUGGAAUUUUCAAGCUUAAUCAGCCUGAGACAGUCUCCUAAGGCUGUGGUACAAUUCAAAGGCUAUAUCACAAGCCCUUGGAUUGUUCAUGUCAAUCACAGCUGCUGCAAAUUAACCUUUUUGGUAUCCAGUGCCAAAUUUAUUUGUGAAAACUGUGUAGCUUGUUGGCAGUGCCAGUCCAAAUCUUGGUGCCAAUGGUUCACCCUUGUUGCAUAACAUUCUUUAGAUGUUACAGAUCAUGGCCAAAUCUGUGCUCUCCUUUGUAAAAAAAGAUGUAGAAAAGUCUUUUUAUAUUUGAGUUUUUUGAGUUCAGUGUUGAUUGGUGCUUAUUUAAGUUAAUGUGUGAGCCUAAUAGGAGGACAGACCCACAUUAAUAACAGGCCUGGCUGUCUUUGCCACUAAGCUAUUCAACAAUGUUUGCUUUUCUCAGAUCAGGUAUUUUUCAUCUGAUGCUUGUCUGACAUGAAGGUCAUCUUGCUGUUCAAGCAAACUAGAGAGAAUUUAAUUACAAAUGCAACAGUCAGAGGAAAGCGGAAAGCACUGGAAUUGCAGCUGACUGCAAUUAAAAUAUUAGUGUAAUUUUCACUAUCAUGAUAGAAAUGUGGACAGUCUAAGCCUAUUAUUAAUAUAUUUAUAUUAAUAUUUGAAGUAUUGCUUGUGAAAUCAUUGUCAAAAGAUGUUUGAUUCACAUAGGAAACAGACAGGAACUUUUUGAGUUUAUCCGUGUAAGUUGCUAUAAUCACUGGUAAUUGAUAUGUACUUUAAAAUUAUUCCAAAGUGUUCUUGAGAUGCUAACUACUCUGUGCUGAACUUCAAAAUAUUAUUGACCUUGGUAUGGACAGGCACAAAGUUAGCUGGAAAUGGCUAGUCUGAAUUUCUAGCAAUACUGUGAGAUGUUGAAAUAAGUAGGGUGGUAGCAUUUUUGAAGGUCAGGUCUGGGGAAGCAGGUUAAAUUGUUUUUUUCUUAAGUAGUGGAAAGAAAAAGACAUUCUCCAAGGGCGUUAUUUUUUCAGAUGUAAUGGAUGUGAGAGAUGAUGGGUCUGCAGCCAUCUUCUAAGUGCAAGUCUGCCAUCUGUCACUUGAGCAGGGAAAAGUGUUUAAUGAGCCUUUAAUGGAACUUUGUGAUUUCAAAUCCUUAUCAGAGAUACAGCGUGUAUUGAUUCAGGUACCUUUGAUUAGUUGCACUGCUGCAGUCUGUGCUCCUCCAGAGUAAGGAUGUCCCUUUCAGGAGUGCACCUUGGGACAAAAGCUGGGCUGGGAGAUCUCCAUGCUGCCAGAUGUUCUGCAACAGCUGCUUUGGGCCUGUUGGUCUUGAGCAGCUGAUACUCAACACUGCAGUGGUAGAAGAGGAGCAGGUCAGGGCUCUUGGGGGCAGGACACCACUCUGAGAGACGCUGCAACAUUUUAAGCCAAACUUGAUUUUCAUUAGGACUGCAGUCUCUGCUGCUCUGUUGUCUGUAGACUGGUGUGGUAGCCAGACAUCCCAAGUUGCCAGGCUUUUAGCUCCACUUGCUUCCCACGGAGCCUAUUUCACACAUAGUUCCACCUAAACUCCUGUUGAGUGCUAUUCUACACCCUUCUGGUAACAGUGUGAUCUUCAGAGUUUUAUGGAGUGUAUAAAAACCUAAAUCUAAGAUGGAUGUGAAAAAGUAGUAUAAUUUUCCUUUGAACAUAAGUAAAAUAACAAUAAUAAUUUAAUGUUAUUUUUAAUUACCAGCUAAUUGUGGCAUCUGGCUAACGGUACUGUGCAGAAUACAUUGCACUAAUGUGGAAGUUCAGGAGUUGAUUAAACCAGAGAAGUCUAAACCCAGCAGAAGCUCUUCCCUAUUUACUCAGUUGUAGACAAAACCCUCUCUUCACACGUUUGUGUGGGAGCUCUUAGAAGUCUGAAAACAUUAUCACAUUGCUAUAAGAGUUACUCCACAGUCUCAAGUCUUUAUUUCAGAGCCAGUGAUGUUUUUAUUCUCUGAAAAAGUCCUCAUGCAAAGUGUUACACAGCUGUCAUGCUAGCAGAGCUUGAUGGGAAUGACACAGUGAAGAGAGCCCUCAAACACUUUUCUGCAGAGUUGAUUUUAGCACUGUGGAGUAGCAGCAGACUGCUCUUUGAAAUAGCAAUCUCAUUUCAAUUUUAAAUGUAUUAUUGUAUCUUGCUUGUGAUAGUAUCACUGCGCUAUUGUGGUGUUGCUGAGCGAUCUUGAGAGAGCAGCUGCGGAGGUUUUCUGGAAUGGGAAGCUGGGACUCUGCAGAACCUUUUCGCUCUGUCUCAGGACUGUGGAUGAGUAUAGGGGAGGUCGGGUGGGUUGUCACUGGGGGGUUUCUUACAGUACCAGUCCUUGGAAUGGGCUGCAAGUGGAUAUCUGCUUUGGGUUGACUACUCUUCAGAAAUUUUGUGAGUGCUAGUAUUCAUUGGUUAAAAGUGACUAAAUGUGCAUGAGUUUUGUUGGAAAUGCCUCUUUGUUUGCUGCUAUUAGUGCAUUAGUGACAUGUAAUGGGAUUUUUAUUAUUUUAGUUGAACAGUUGGAUUUUGUGAGUUUUUUUUCUUUUUUCCACUAGAUGGCCCAAGCAUGCUUCCAAGUCCCCCAUGAGAACUGAAACUUAAUUCAUUUCUCUUGUAACUGAAGCAAAAACUCGACAUUGUGAGGCAUAUACCAACCUGUGUGAUGCUUUGUGUUUGUUUAAAAUACAAACACCUUAUAUCAACCAAGAGAAUGCUGGUUAAUGUAAGGAAUAUGCAGUAAUGAAAGGUUAUUUUUUACUUGAUUAGAACAUUUUUUAUCAAGUGUAGUAUAAAGCUAUUUACUUUUGCAUUGAGAAGAGAACUGGUGUGCUUUCAUUGACUGUGCUCCACAGUAAUUCAGGGAGUUCAGGGAGGCUCUGAAAAGGUGUUGAUCUGAAGUUUGUCCCUAACAUCUCCUGGGAGUGAGACCGGUAUUUUGUAGGCCACAAUAAUUGAUAUCUUUUUGGGAGGUGGCUUGAGUUUUGCUGCAUAGGGUUUUCAUAACAGCUUUGCAGUUCAUUUCAGUAGUGUAUAGAUGUGGGCAGUGGGUUCUGAAUAGGCUAAUUUAAUUCAGUUUAACAGACAUUAAGUGUAACUUAUUAUCACGAGUGUCUUUUUGGUUAGUGGAGGAAGAUGGAUAUGUACUGAAGGCAGCUCCUGCAUGGGGUGGUUGGACACUGGAAUGAGGCUGAAGAAGUGGUAGGAUGUUCAUCCAGAGAGAGACAUUUAAAAAUCAACAGGACUGAGCCCUUGGCCAGCUCUGACUGGGAUAUUGAACUAUGUGAUCUUGACAGGUCUCCUUCAGCCUCAAUUAUUCAGCAAUUCCAGAAUGAAAUUUUACUAGUUCCUUUGCUCUACUGCUGUUUAAACCAAAAAUAGAAAAUGGAUACUUGUCUUUCUGAGCUAGUUGUAACCUCAGUAUUUUGAAUUAACUUCCAGCUUUCCUUUGCUUCUGAGGGCCUUGAUGUGGUGGUAUUAGACCACCAGAAAAAGGAUGUCUGUCUGUGAGUGUACUUUUCCUCCUUGACUUGCGAUCCCCACUGGGGAAAAAGAAAAAAGGCAUUUAAAUAUUCCUUCAUUUCACUGCUGCACUUGCCAAGUGCCAUCUCUUGCCUUAUGUUUGGUAUUAUUACUUCUAGUGUCUCUUUUUAACAGGUAUUUGACAGAUUUUUUUCUUUUUCCAUUUCUUAGGAUAUUUCCUAGAUUUUCUCUUUUGCUCUUUUUCUUUAUGGAAAAGAGACAGCUGUUGUCCCUUCCUCUGCAUCUGACUGUAUUCCUUUUUUCCUUCCUUUUCCCAUUGUUAGUAUUUGUCCUGUCCUGCCACCUUCCUGCUUCUCUUCCCUUUUCUGGCUGGAGACAAGUCAGUGUGUUCACAUGUGCCAGAAGGAUGGACAUAAAUGGAGUAUUUAGAUGACAGGAAUAUUGCUGCCUGCAGUCAGUUCUGCAGACAGAGGUAAUCUGCCCUAGUUCACAGCCUUACCGAUCAGUGUUCAGUACUGCUUUUGCAGUAUUUUGGUCUCCUUUCUAGUUUCUUCCAAAGUCAACAGCUUUCAGUUCAUUGAGCAAUGUGCCAGUUGAGCCAGGUACAGAGGAAUUUAUAAAGAUACUCUUUUUGUGAUAGAUUUGUAUGUUUAAUGGGAUUUCUUUCCUGGACUGAUAUACUCUUUUUGUGUAGGACAUUGUCUUCAUGGCCUCACAACUGCUGUUAUUAGUAAUAGAGGCUUAACUUUGUGUGUGACUGGAAACUAAACUGAUGAAAGCAAUUCCAUUUUUAGCAUCCUGGUAGUGGAAAAUAUAGCUAUGGGUAUACUAAAAUAUUAUUAUUAUUAGUAGUAGUAUUUUCUGCUUAGUAGCAUAAGUUGUGGUUUAAUUCUAAUUUUUUUUACCAAACAAAUUUAAUAGCAAGUAUGAAAUAGGGCAAGUUUAAAAAGUUGUGUUUCUAGCAAAUCUUUGAUGCAACAGAAGCAGUUGUAAUUUGUCUACAUAUAUUAUUUUAAGUGUUAUAUGGAACCUUGGUCUAAAAGGGAUGUUAUCCAAUCAUCAUGUGAAGAUUUUUCAGCUAGUAUCUCAGUCAGGUCUCAAAACUUUGCACUUCACAUGUUUUUAGUAACUGUAGACAGUUAAAGCAGGCAGUAAUACUUGUUUUCAGGCAAAGGUUUUAUUUCAUGUAUCUGUUGUAUGUAGGAUAAUAAUAUGCUUAUUGUGUCGUUUUGCAUCUGGGGGUACAGAAAUUAUAUUUUAGGGUGAACAAAAAUAGUGGUGGACAAGAUAUCGGAAAGGUGUUGUGUUUCAUACCUAUCUCAAUUCAAUACCUAGUGCAAUUCCAUAGUGUUACCCCCUAAAUACAUUUAGGCAUUUUGGAUGAGUGGAUAUAGUGCCUUUGGGUGCAUGACACAGCAGCCAUGAUGUAGAACUUGAGAGCUGGACCAAGCUGCAGAAGCUUGCAGUAUCAGAUGUCACUAGUAGAUUUGGGAAAGAAACUUUUAGAAGCUGCACGAGCAGGUCAAGAUGAUGAAGUUCGCAUUUUGAUGGCAAAUGGAGCACCUUUUACCACAGACUGGCUGGGAACAUCUCCACUUCAUCUAGCAGCACAGUACGGACAUUACUCCACCACAGAAGUGUUGCUGCGAGCAGGUGUGAGUCGGGAUGCCAGAACCAAAGUGGACAGGACUCCAUUACAUAUGGCAGCAUCAGAAGGCCAUGCCAGCAUAGUAGAAGUCUUACUUAAGCAUGGUGCUGAUGUCAAUGCAAAGGACAUGCUCAAAAUGACUGCACUUCACUGGGCUACUGAGCAUCACCACCAAGAAGUUGUAGAACUCUUGAUAAAGUACGGAGCAGAUGUACAUGCUCAGAGUAAAUUUUGCAAAACGGCAUUAGAUAUUGCAGUAGACAAUGGAAAUGAAGACAUUGCAGAAAUAUUACAGAUUGCAAUGCAGAACCAAAUCAAUACAAAUCCCGAGAGUCCGGACACUGUGACGAUACACGCAGCCACACCGCAGUUCAUCAUCGGGCCUGGAGGGGUGGUGAACCUAACAGGUCUGGUAUCUUCUGCAAAUGCAUCCAAUAGAACAGAUGAAACAGGAGUGUCUGCUGUACAGUUUGGAAAUUCAUCAACAUCAGUAUUAGCUACGUUGGCAGCUUUGGCAGAAGCAUCAGCUCCACUGUCUAAUUCUUCAGAAACACCAGUUGUGGCCACAGAAGAAGUUGUGACUGCAGAAUCUGUGGAUGGGGCCAUUCAGCAAGUGGUCAGUUCUGGAGGUCAGCAGGUUAUUACCAUAGUUACGGAUGGCAUUCAGCUGGGUAACCUGCAUUCCAUUCCAACCAGUGGCAUAGGGCAGCCCAUCAUUGUGACCAUGCCAGAUGGGCAGCAAGUGUUAACAGUUCCAGCAACAGACAUUGCUGAAGAAACUGUAAUAAGUGAAGAACCGCCAGUGAAGAGACAGUGCAUUGAGAUUGUUGAAAACCGUGUGGAGUCUGCAGAAAUAGAAGAAAGAGAAACUCUUCAGAAACAGCUGGAUGAGGCAAACAGAGAAGCACAAAAAUACCGUCAGCAGCUUCUAAAGAAGGAACAAGAAGCAGAGGCCUAUCGGCAGAAGUUAGAGGCAAUGAACCGCCUCCAGACUAAUAAAGAAGCUGUUUAAUAAAAAAUGAACACACUGCAAAGCCUGUUACUUUCAAAAACCUGCAGUACAAUCUUGAACUGUACACUAUAUAGGUGCAGCCAUGGGAUUUCAUGAUAGAGAAGAUGCUACAAGUUGAUAACUGGACUUAAGCCGUGAGCUCUGAUUGAUUUCUUGUAACAUAAAAACUCUGAAUUUAGAAAUUGUGAAAAGUAUUUAAAAUUAAAUACUGUAAAUAGUUGGUUUUUUUACAGUUUCAAAAUGAGUUGAUAAAUCUUUUUGAAGGGAUCCAGAAACAUAAAAAGCCAAUGUUUUUGUGAAAUUUUUGAUUUUAGUAUGAAUCUAACUUCUGAAAAACAGAACAGUUUUAAGGGUGAUGUUGAUUUAAGCUGACAAUUUGAAAUUUGAUUAUGUGACAAAAUUAAUUAACAGUUAUUUCUACAUAAUAACAGCUCAACUUCUCUGAAUAAGACAUUUCCAGGUGGAAAUCUUUGUACAGCUUUAAGUAGUUGUCUCAGAUUCUCUGAAAACCAUUUUUGGUUUUUUUUUUUUAUUUUAGGUGGUGAAAUUUUUAUAUUUAAUUUCAGAUAUAUCCAAGUAGAUUUACAUGUAUAUGAAGCUAAUAUUUUUUAAACUUUUCCGUUUGUACAUAUGCUGCAUGUUUUUAUAAUUUCUACACAUACAUCUUGCAUAGGUAUUUUUCAGCAAAGAUGAGAAAAAUUAUGAGAAAAAUGUUUAGCCUAUAGGUCAUUUGAAGUAAGCUAGCAGCCAGUUUUAUUGUGGAUGGUAUAUUUCUUGGAAGAAUGUAAUUUGUAAUUAAGAAGAACAAAAAAGUAUCUUAAUUUACAUAUUAAGAGGCAAAAUUUGGUAGUGGAGGCAUUGAAACUUCACUUUGUGUGUCUAAUGAUUUUCCUGUACAAACAUUUUAAAGUUCAGUAAUGAAUAAAAAGGAAUGUCUCCACUGGAACACAAAUACUAGCUAUUUUAGAAUAUCCCUAUUGGUCUCUCUUCCCCAAUAGCCUUGAAAUUACUUCAGUGACACAUUUUUUUUUUUAACGGACUUUUGCAUUUUAAUUACGCAAUUGGACAAGUAAUUUUUUUAUGUUGUAGUGAUGCUCUUCCUAGCCAGCAUCAUUAUUCCUCACUGUGAUACUGUGUUUGUGUGUGUCUGUGCAGUGAUCUAUUAUGCUUAAAAUUUAUAUGGCAUGUUACAUCUUCAGAGCAUUGUAAAAUCUUUUAAAGAACCCUUACUGCUCUGCCUGAGGCAGGUAAGUGAGUGUUAUUGUCUCAAUUUUAUAACUGGUUUAAGUGCAACAUGAGGGAGUGUUAAAUGACUGGCUUACCACCAUGUGAACCUACGGUCACCUGGGAAUGGAUCUCAGGAGUUCCUGGCUUCUAGUCCGGUGCUUAGACUGAGCUGCCUUAAGAUUGUUCAGUGCUGUGUUACAUUAAAUUUUGAACUACUGUGCAGAUCCGUUUUUUGUAAGAUAAAAUUCUUUGUGCUUUGC